AUGACUCUCCAUGCUCUUCUCCAAUUUCGUCGGAUUCUCGAUGUUUCUCUCGGUUGCGCCUGAAAAGCUCUAGGCACCUGGUUGCCAUUGGAUUUUCAUGUUGAAUUUACGUAAAAAAAGUUUGUCCAAUUUUGAGUUUUCAGCUCAACCUUUCGAAAGAUUGCAUGCAUGAAGCUUAUAGCUCAUAGGAACAAGUUCACAAAAAUCUGUAGCAAUGAGCAACUUAAACGUCAUGCGGGACAUCGGUAAACGCUGCUUCCUCCAGCUGCGUGAUAGAAAAUUGGUUUUCGAUGGCGGUGCUGUAUGCAAAAUCCCUUCUUUUGCAAAUUGGCGCGAAUGCCCACCGUGUGUUCGAUAUUAUCAUCAGCUGAGAAAACGGUCUCCGUCUUCGUUUACUUCUUCGAAUUCUUCUUCUUCUUCGUCUUUUCUGAAGCUUGGGUUCGUGGGUUGGUAUCUGCGGAAGCUCGAAACCCAGCCACUUGUUACAAAGAGCAUAACAUCAUCACUCAUUUUUGUUGCAUCUGACUUGACUUCGCAGACAAUUACAAUGCCAUCUGCUUCUGCUUCUUAUGAUUUGAAAAGGACAAUGCGCAUGGCAACAUAUGCGUUGUUCAUUUUGGGGCCAUCGCAACAUAUGUGGUUUAACUUCUUGUCCAGCUUUCCCAAGACAGAUGUUCCAUCAACCUUGAAGAAAAUUUUGAUGGGGCAGGCUGUAUUUGGUCCCGUCAUCAAUACUGUUUUCUUCUCCUAUAACUCUGCCCUGCAAGGUGAAAAUGGUUCUGAAAUAGUUGCUAGGUUGAAGCGAGAUCUGCUUCCAACACUUCUUGGCGGUGCUAUGUUUUGGCCUGUCUGCGAUUUUGUGACAUUCAAGUUCAUUCAAGUUCAGUUACAGCCAUUGAUGAAUAGUUCCUGCGCCUAUGUGUGGACUAUAUAUCUAACAUACAUGGCAAACCGAUGAAGUGGCCAUUUGGUUAGGGCCUGGAUUUUCAUGUUUUUCUUUUGCAGUCAAUUCCUGGAUUUUGAUUUUAAUCUUGCAGAUCUCUACAUCUAAUAUCCAAUUAUGGGUCCUCUCAAUUUCAACGAUCCAUUUAGUGGUCAAUUAUGAAUUUGAAAGGUUCAGAUUUGAUGAGAGCAGUCAAAAGCAUUUCUGUUGCCCUUAAUGACAUUUUGUUUUGGGUUUUAAGGAGAGCAAAAUGGAAAAGCAAAAAUGAUAACAUACAAAUAAAAAAGAAAACUACCAUUUAGAUUAAAACAAUUUUGAUCUCAGUUGUCUAUAUUCAAUAAUCGACCACUUUAGAGAUCUUUUCAAUUGAGAGGAGCUAUGGUCUCUAAUAUCCUGGGGCACAUUUUCAUGAGUUGUAAGCUUGUAAAUUCCUUUUUUAAUGAUGGGCCUAAAUAUAGUAGGAACCAUGUUCUGUCUGAAAUGUUUGUCCUUUUAUUUUGAAAAAUGUUUAGGAGGAUCAUGAAUUGACCCAAACAGUAUUAAUUUUGCUGAGGUCCGAUGCCCUUAUGCUUCUUUGAUGCCCUUCUCCGUCUCA